UUGGGGGGUCUUUGUCUCUUGCUGCAGCCGGAGCUUCCGGUCUCGUCUUCCCUCCUCUGUGUUCUACGCUCCUAGAAGCCCAGCCUUUGUGGCCCUGUGACCUGCAGGUAUUGAGAAAUCCGCAGCGAAGACGCCAGAACCCCCUGGAAGCCUAGAAAUGGGGCCAUUGACAUUUAGGGAUGUGACUGUAGAAUUCUCUCUGGAGGAGUGGCAAUUCCUGGACGCUGCACAGCAGAAUUUAUAUAGGGAUGUGAUGUUAGAGAACUACAGAAACCUGGUCUUUCUGAGUAUUUUCUCUAAGCCAGACAUGAUUACCUGUCUGGAGCAAGGAAUACAGCCCUGGAAUAUAAAGAGACAUGAGAUGGUAGCCAAACCCCCAUUUACGUGUUCUCAUUUUGCUCAAGACUUUUGGCUAGAAGAAGGCAUAAAAGUUUUGUUCCAAAAAGACAUACUGAGGAGAUAUGAUAAAUGUGGACAUGAAAAUUUACAAUUAAGAAAAGGCUGUGAACAUGUGAAUGAGUGUACCAUGUGCAAAGGAGGUUAUAAUGGACUUAACCAAUGUCUGAUAACUACCCAGAGCAAAAUAUAUCAAUGUGAUAAAUAUGUAAAAGGCUAUUCUAAAUUUUUAAAUUCAGAAAGACAUAAGGUAAGACAUAAUGAAAAGAAAACUUUUAAAUGUAAAGAAUGUGGUGAUUCAUUUUGUAUGCUUUCACAACUAACUAGACAUAAGAUAAUUCAUAUUAGAAAUAAUUCCCAUACAUGUGAAGAAUGUGGCAAAGCCUUUAACCGUUCCUCAACCCUUACUCAACACAAGAUAAUUCAUACUGGAAAGAAACCCUACAAAUGUGAAGAGUGUGGGAAAGCCUUUAAGCGGUGUUCAUACCUUACUGUACAUAAGAGAAUUCAUACUGGAGAGAAACCCAACAAAUGUGAAGAGUGUGGGAAGGCCUUUAACCGGUCUUCAUACCUUACUGAACAUAAGAGAAUUCAUACUAGAGAGAAGCCCUACAAAUGUGAUGAAUGCUGCAAAGCUUUUAACUGGUCCUCAGCUCUUACUAAACAUAAGAGAAUUCAUACUGGAGAGAAACCCUACAAAUGUGAAGAGUGUGGAAAAGCUUUUUAUGAUUCCUCAACCCUUUGUAAACAUAAGAGAACUCACAGUGGAGAGAAACCUUACAAAUGUAAAGAAUGUGGCAAAACCUUUAAGCUGCCCUCUACUUUUACUCAACAUAAGAUAAUUCAUACUGGAAAAAAACCAUACAAAUGUAAAGAAUGUGGCAAAGCUUUUAACCGUACCUCAAAACUUAAUCAACAUAAGAUAAUUCAUGCUGAAGAGAAACCCUACAAAUGUGAAGAGUGUUGGAAACCCUUUAACCGGUCUUCAUACCUUACUGAACAUAAGAGAACUCAUGCUGGAGAGAAACCCAACAAAUGUGAAGAGUGUGGGAAAGCCUUUAACCGAUCUUCAUACCUUACUGAACAUAAGAGAAUUCAUACUAGAGAGAGGCCCUACAAAUGUGAUGAAUGCUGCAAAGCCUUUAACUGGUCCUCAGCUCUUACUAAACAUAAGAGAAUUCAUACUGGAGAGAAACCCUACAAAUGUGAAGAGUGUGGAAAAGCUUUUUAUGAUUCCUCAAGCCUUUGUAAACAUAAGAGAACUCACAUUGGAGAGAAACCCUACAAAUGUAAAGAAUGUGGCAAAACCUUUAAGCAGCCCUCUGCUUUUACUCAACAAAUUCAUACUGGAAAAAAAACAUACACAUGUAAAGAAUGUGGCAAAGCUUUUAACCGUACCUCAAAACUUACCAAGGUAAUUCAUACUGGAGAGAAGCCCUAGAAAUGUGAAGAAUGUGGCAAACCUUUUAAUUAUUUAUCAAAACUUACUGUACAUAAGAGAAUUUAUGGUGCAGAGAACCCCAACAAAUGUGAAGAAUGUGGCAAAGCUUGUAACCAUUCCUCAAACCUUACUAAACAAUCCACAUUGGAGAAAACCCUACAAAUGUGAAAAAUGUGUCAAAGCUUUUAACUGUUCCUCAAUCCUUGCUAAACAUAAAGGAAUUCAUAAUAAGAGAGAAAUCCUACUUUUAACAAAUCCUGUACAUUUACUAAGCACAAAAUAAUUCACAAUGGCAAGAAACCCUUCAGAUGUCAUGAAUGUGGCCUAUAGUCUUUACCCAGUUCUCAACUCUCAUUAAACCUGAGAAUUCAUGUGGAAGAUAAUUAUUACAAAUUUGAAGAAUGUGACAAAGCCUUUAAAAGUUCUCAACCCUUAUUACACAUAAUUUAUACUGGACAGAAAUCCUACAAGUGUGAAAGGUGUAACAAAGCUCUUAACAAGUCCUCAAUUUUUAACAGAUAUAAAUGUUUCAUACUGGAGUGAAACUUUAUAAUUAUGAAUGCUGUCAGUGCUUUUGACAACAACUCAAACUUUUCUAAACAUAAAAAAAUUAUACUAGUUCAAAACUGUAGAAAUAGAAAUAAUAUGAAAAAGCUUUUAAAUGUUUUUCACACUUGAUUGCAGGUAAAAUAUACCAGAGAAAAGUCCCAAGUGUAAAGAAUAUAGCUAAACUCUUAACCAAUGUUCACAGCUUAUUGCACAGACAAGCAUUUAUAGUUGAGAAAUGGUGUACAAAUGUAAAGAAUGUGGAAAAGUCAUUAAUAUCUACUCAUAUUAUUCAACAUCAGAGAGUUCGUACUUAAUAAAAGUAUUUUAAAUGCAAUUACUGUCAAAUGAUCUUUCAGAAAUAUAAGCCUUUAUAGUGAAGAAGAGUUUAUUCUGAAGACAAACAUUACAAAUAUAAAGAGGUUUGUAGUACUUUUACUUGUAUCAUAGAUCUUCUUGUACACAGUUUGUACUAGAGAAUAACCCUAAAGCAGUUGCUCAAAUUUUGUUCAACAUUAGGGAAUUUAUAUUGGAGAAUUCAGCAAAUGUAAUGAAUUUGGAAAAAACAUUUUUUUCAAAAACUACAGAAAACAACAGAGAGUUCAUACUAAAAUAUAUUUUUGCAGAUGCAAUAAGUAGAAAAAAGUAUUUUAAUUCUAAUUGAGUUUGUGUAAGUAUCAGAGAAUUAACACUAGAAAUAUCUAAGGCACUAAUACUUCAGACAUUAAACUAAAUCAGAGUGCUGAGUAUA